UCUAAACCUCGCUUUUUGUUUACAAUCUUCUGUAAGCUGCUUCUUGAAUCUCCGUUUCAGUCAUCUAGGUUUCGGCGAAGUCAAAGCGUUUUGCGAUCAUGGCCGCCGUUGAUCAGCAAGAGUCAGAGAAGAUGCUUGACUGGUUCAUAUACGAUUACUUGUUGAAAAGAAACAUGAAUACUAUCGCAGAGAUGUUUGCUACUGAGGCUGAAGUAAAUGCACAUUCUAUUGCGAGUGAUUCCUUUGGAGGUUUCUUGACAGAUUGGUGGAUUGUAUUCUGGGAUAUGUACAGCACUAAGUUCUUGAGGCGUCCUCAGGCUAUGAAUGAAAACUCUGUUCAGGAUAAACCAACUGUUGCAAAUCAGUUCCGUAAUGCACAUACUAUGCAAUCGCCACAUAUGAAUCAGCAGAGAAACGGACAGGUUUCUUCACAUAUGCAAUUGAGCAGUAUGCAGAUUCAAAAUCCAGUAGCUAGUCAAUUGGAUAGAAGGGUACAUGAGGAAGCAUAUUCAAGGCUUCCUUCGGCUAAUUUCAAUGUCAAUGCAUGCCUUCCUAAUGUUGACAAGUCAGCAGGUCCUAGCUACUCUCAACAGUUUCAUAAUGGAAAUACUCAGCAACAGACAUCUAAGGAUGAGCUUGAGUCUAAUAUAGGAAAUACUGUUCGCAUGAAUUCGACACUGGAUAUAGCUUCUAAUGCUGACUUACCAAGAGGAGGACAUCAUGAUAUGGGGUUGGAGGGAAGGACUUGUUCAGUGCCAGUAAACAGACGGCCUUUGGCUAAUAAGUCUUACACAUCAAUGACUCACCCUCAAAAUGGGCAGUUGAUGUCUCAAACUAUUGCACAGACACCAAGUGGAUUGGUUCCUUGUUCUGAAGGAGACACCGGCAAUUUCAAAAAUCAGUUGCUUGAAGGAAAUGACAACAAUGGACAGAUUAUGCCAGAAAGAGGAUUUUCAGUACAACCCACACCUUCCCAAAGGAAACAAACUACACAGAAAUCCCCAAGAAGGCGAAGAUCUGAGCAGAUUAAAAUUGGGCAACCUGCUAUGCAACAAUCAAAGGAUCAACCCACACCACAAGCUUUCAAUGGCAGAAAGAGAAGGGGGUCGUCAAUGUCAGAAGAUGGGAAGAGUUCCCUGGUAGAUAAUACACCUGAAGACAAGGGAGAUAGUCUUCAAAAGGAUGUCAAGGUAGAAAAACCAGUUGAUUAUGAUGAUAUAGGAUCUUUCUUUUCCAAUGAUGAAGCCGAAAACCAUGAUGCAACCCCUUCUUUAAGCAAUUCAGGUCGAAAUUCUGCAGCUAUUGAUAUAAAAGGGAGAAAUGGAGUCAGAUUUCAGGAGGCAGUUUCACUUAACUCGUUCCAAGGGAAGGUACUCUGUUGCGACUUUUCAUCAAAUGGAAAGCUAUUAGCUAUUGGAGGUCAUGAUAAGAAGGUCACAAUUUGGGACAUGGAGUCUCUUGACUACAUUAACGCAGCAGAGGAAAACACUCAUCUCAUCACAGAUGUCCGGUUUAGACCUGAUUCAAAUGUGUUUGCCACAUCUUCAUUUGACCGCACCGUGCGAAUUUGGGAUUCAAACGAUUUAAACAAAUCAAUACUUAAGCUUGAUAAGCAUGGUGAACAAGUGACAUCAUUGGACUUUCAUCCGCGAAACAGCAAUCUCCUUUGUUCGUGUGAUAUUGGUGGUGAGAUCAGAUUGUGGGAUGUCAAACAAAGUACUUGUGCGAGUGUGUUCCAGGGUGCAAGUAGACAGGUGAGAUUUCAGCCUGAAAGUGGGGACCUGUUGGCUGCUGCUUUUGGAAAUAGAAUUGGGUUGUUUGACAUUAAGAGUAACAAGUUCAUAUCCUACUUAGAGGGACAUGGUAAAGACGUGCGGUCUAUGUGCUGGGAUGUUUCUGGUCAAUAUCUUGUCUCUGUGAGUGAAGACAGCGCAAGGGUUUGGUCGAUUGCAAAGGAUAAAGUGUGCAUACAAUUGCUGCAAUCCGACGGAAGCAAAUUCGAAUCAUGUACAUUGCAUCCACUAUAUUCUUCACUUGUAGUGAUUGGUUCUUACCAGACAUUAAUAUUGUGGAAUCCAAAGGAGGCAACCCCGUUUAUGCCAAUCCCGUCUGCACAUGGAGGUCUGAUUGCUUCACUAGCCAACUGUGCUGUAACUGGAACAAUAUCUUCAACCGGGCAUGACAAGUGUGUUAAAUUGUGGAAAUAAGAAGACUCUUUACUAUACUUUACUUUAUACCAAACAACAAAGAAUCUCAGAUCUCAAUUCAAUUAAAGACUUACAUAUAUAUAUAUAUAUAUGAUCAGGAUGAAA